CUCCUUGUUCUGCCUUGCUGGCAGACGAGAUGGAAUGAGCCUGGUGACCAAGAAUCGCCGGAGUCCCGAAGCGCAGCGAGAAGGCUGCCUGCGGUGCCUCUGCAGGAGUCGCGCAACGACUCUGCUUGAAUGCGCAACGAUCCUUUCGGUCUUGACUGUCUGUUUUUUUAUUCAUUUGGCUUCGUGAGAUCUUUUGUAAAUUGGGCCAAGGCUGAUUGUAGAUAUGAGUUCUACCACUUCCAGAGAUGAAGAAGACACAUUUAAAAUUUUAGUUGCUACAGACAUUCACCUUGGAUAUUUGGAGAAGGAUGCUUGUCGUGGCAAUGAUACUUUUGUUACCUUGGAUGAAAUAUUGAAACUUGCUCAAGAGAACGAGGUGGACUUCAUUUUACUAGGUGGAGAUCUCUUUCAUGAAAACAAGCCUUCCCGGAAAACAAUAUAUACAUGUUUAGAACUACUAAGAAGAUACUGCAUGGGUGACCGCCCUAUACAAUUUGAAAUUCUGAGUGACCAGUCAGUUAAUUUUGGCUUUAGCAAGUUUCCAUGGGUGAACUAUCAAGAUGAAAAUCUCAACAUUUCUAUUCCGGUUUUUAGUAUUCAUGGCAACCAUGAUGAUCCCACAGGGGCAGAUGGUCUUUGUGCUUUGGACAUUUUAACUUGUGCGGGACUUAUUAAUCAUUUUGGACGUUCACCAUCGGUAGAGAAAAUAGAAAUUAGUCCUAUUUUGCUUCAGAAAGGAAAUUCAAAGAUUGCUCUUUAUGGAUUAGGAUCUGUUCCCGAUGAAAGACUACAUCGGAUGUUUGUGAAUAAACAAGUAACCAUGUUGAGGCCAAAAGAAGAUGAAGAUAGAUGGUUUAAUCUGUUUGUAAUUCAUCAGAACAGGAGUAAACAUGGAGCCACAAAUUAUAUUCCAGAACAAUUUCUAGAUGACUUCAUUGACCUUGUAAUUUGGGGUCAUGAACAUGAAUGUAAAAUAUCUCCAGUCAGAAACGAGCAACAACUUUUCUAUAUUUCUCAGCCAGGAAGUUCAGUGGUUACAUCUUUGUCACCAGGAGAAACUGUCAGAAAACACGUUGGCUUGUUGCACAUCAAAGACAAAAAAAUGAAGAUGCAGAAGAUUCCUCUCCAGACCGUACGGCCUUUCUACCUUGAAGACCUUGUUCUGGCUGACUAUCCGGACUUUUUUCUCCCAGACAACCCAAAAGUCACACAAGUAAUACAAGAUUUCUGCAUGGAGAAGGUUGAAAUGAUGCUGGAAAAGGCAGAAAGACACCGUCUGGGAAAUUCCAAACAACCAGAGAAGCCUCUAAUAAGAUUACGAGUAGAUUACAGCGGAGGCUUCGAACCAUUCAGUAUGGUUCGUUUCAGCCAGAAAUACAUGGAUAAAGUGGCUAAUCCAAAAGAUAUCAUACAUUUUUUCAGGCAUCGGGAACAAAAAGAGAAAAAUGAAGAUGAAGUUAACUUCAGAAAACUGGUCCACAAUCCUACAGCUAAGGGAACAACCCUGCGGGUGGAGGAUUUAGUAAAGCAAUAUUUCCAAACAGCAGAGAAGAAAGUGCAGCUUUCUCUUCUGACUGAGAGAGGCAUGGGGGAAGCCGUGCAAGAAUUUGUGGACAAGGAGGAGAAGGACGCUAUUGAAGAACUAGUGAAGUUCCAGUUAGAAAAGACCCAGAGAUUUCUGAAGGAGCGGCGUAUAGAUGCAGAAGAAGCCAAAAUUGACGAAGAGGUUCAGCGCUUCAGAGAAUCGAGAAAAACGAACACAGUGGAAGAGGACGAAGAAGUCCGUGAGGCUAUCAACAGGGCCAAAGCCAGAUCUCAAGAGACCGAUCGUGCUUCGGUGAUGAGUGAUGACGACCUCAUGGAUGUGGCCACCUCUAACCAAAGAUUCAAUGAUGAAUCGGAAGACUCUUUAGCUCCCAGCCGGGGUAGACAGAGAGGUCGGGCAAGAGGCAGAGGACAGAAUGUCUCAGCAAGGGGGUCAUCUCGGCGAGGAAGAGGAGGAAGUGCUGCCCGUGAUCAGACAGGCAGCAGCAGAACGUUUAAGCCUCUCACUCCUACGAAAAAUAUGUCGAUUUUGGAUGCAUUUAAGUCAUCCAGACAGCAGCCCUCCCGAAACACGCCUGUCAGGAAUUACUCAGAGGUAAUUGAAGAUGAUGAUUCUGAUAUGGAGGUGUCUUUUACUACUUCCUCUACAAAUCAAAGAUUACCAACCACAUCAACGCAAAGCCAGAGGAAUUCUCAGAGUCAAACGUCAAAAGGUGUUUCCUUUGAAUCAGAUGAGGAUGAAUUAUUUGUUUCCACUUCGAGAAAGAAAAGAUGAUAACCUCCGUAUCCAAAGCAUGGAAGGAAAACGCAAAAAUGACUUCUCCAAAUUCUGCAAAGGAGACCUCAGAUGUUGGCACCUUGUUCUCCAUAAUUUUACUGUAUUGUCUAGAAACUGAUGGCUUCCUUGAAGAAGACGGCUUCCUUAUUCUCAAUCUGCAAUGCCAGCAGACGUGCACAAAUAUCCUGCUAAAUCACUCAGUUCACCUGAGUGGAAAUGUGUAAAAAGGAAUAUUCCCCCUUAGGGGUGGCAGUUUUCACUGAGGUCUUCUUACCUUGUGACUCGUACAAUCUGUCCAGGACUGGGAAGUUAGGAAAAUUCUGGAGCUGUUUGGGAGAAAAGAGAAUUCAGGAAAAAUGGUCCCUCAUUUCUCCUAACAAGGAGUCACCAAACUCCAGUCACUUCCCUACUCAGAGUAACAUCAUACCUGAAUGGAGAUAGCAGUUUCUGUAUCCAAACUUAAAGGCAAAGGAAAUGUGUCACAGCAUUUCUUUCAGAGGGCUCUUUUAUCUCCCGUGAUUUUUUUCAUUUUAUAAAGGAAUAAAUUAGAAUUGGUUGGGUAAGAGAACGAACUCCAUUCCUGCAUUCCAUGUUUUACAAGUUUCCAGCUUUCAUAAAAGAGGCAAUACUCAGAAUCAAAACUGAUUAUGGAAAUCAAUGAUUUGAUGAAAUUAGAUGCAGCUUGAUUGACUGACAUGGAUGCCUUACAGUUUUUUUAAAAAAGAAAAAGGUCUUCUGGAUGCUUGGAUAUAAAACAUGAAUCCUUUUGACAAUCUAUAGUGAGGAGGAUUUCAAUACACACACACACACACACACAAACACACACACACACAUACACACACAAAAAAAAACAUUCAUCAAUAAAAUAUAGAAAAAAAACCGAACACCAGGAUAAAAGUAAAACAAACCUGUUUAAUACUUAUAUAAGUUUUAAAGCAACUCCUCAUAAUGGGGUGCAUAUAAUCAUUUCUGGGAUUUUCAGAGGGAGCUAGUUAUAGUUUAAUAAGUUGAAACUGAGCUGGUGUGAUUCAGAGCCCAGAGUAGUAAACUUGGCAAUAAUUUCAUUGAUAUACUCAGAAAGUAAAAAUUGUGAGAAACUUUCAAGCAGAGAUAAAUUUGUUUUUUCCUCAGUUUAACUUCGCCCAACUUGCAUCUGCUUAUCUCAGUGGUUUCAAAAACCAAAAAUCAGUUGGGAAAUAUGUCCUUUAAAGUAACCUCAAUACUGAAUUUUAGUGUGGGGCUUUAGUAUGGGAUGAAGCUUCAAAACCAUGUUGGCCUUGGAAAUACUGUGCAAUGCAAUAUAUUUUACCAUGGAAAGUCCACUGUUGAUUACUAUAUUUUAAAUUUAUUUUAUAAACCCCGGAAAAUUGUAUAAGGGAUGUGAAAUGUGUGAUAUGGAAUAAAAGUUUCUGACAUGUU